AUGUCAGCACAAAGGAAUAAACCUCACAAGUUCAUUAUCUGGCAGACUCUUGCUGUCUGCAUUGGGAAAAUUUUUUAUCUCGAACCCAUGUACCUGCAUUAUGUCCGUCACCUAACUGAGAAAGACUAUCAUAGUCUGCUCGCUGACAUCGAUUUAAUGUUGAUCCCACUAAUCAUUCAAGUUGUAUAUUUGGGAAGUACCAAACAAAACUUGGAUUUGCUAAGUGUGAAAGUGAAAAAUUUAUUCAGAAGAAAGUCUAAUCAAAUUCAACCAUAUAUUCACAUUCAUGAAAUUCUCACCGGACUUCUCACAGUCUCUGUUUUAUUCUACAUUCCAAUUUUUGUCAGUGUUCGGAAAAUGGGACACUUGAUGUCAGUUCGAAUGAGUAGACCCCAAAUGUUUAUUUUCUGGCAGUCACUAGCAGUUUGUAUUGGGAAAAUUCUCUAUCUCUGUCCAGCCUACUUUUACUACUUUACAAAGGAAACCAAUGAAUUGAAUUAUCUGGCUGAGCUCGCUCGGUUGGAUAUUGUGAUGAUCCAACUUCUCAAUCAAAUGACAUAUAUUGGAUGUAACAGACAAAACUUGCAAUUUUUAUACCGAAUUGUGAAGAAAUGCCUGAUGAAAUUGUUUUGUAAGGGAUCAAGUGUACAGAUUCAACCAUAUGUCAUAAAUAAUGAUGGAGGAAUGGAGACAACACAACAGUCAUCACCACUUAACUAA